GCACGAUGAAGAAUCCAGAGAGAGGUAUUCCCUCCAAAAAAACCGCACUGACUCUAGAACCUCCCAGAACCACCUCCUCCCCUGUAGAAUAGCUCCCCUCAAACCCCUUCCUUCUCUCCACUUAUAUAUACACCUAUACACACACCUAUCCUCCAUCAUAAAAUUAUCAAAUCACUCUCAUAUAAUCUCACACAAUCAGCAAUCAAAUUCACAGUACUCUUGAGUUUCAAAUGGCAGAUAUCGAAACUUUCGCAUUCCAGGCCGAGAUCAACCAGCUUCUCAGCCUGAUCAUCAACACUUUUUACAGUAACAAGGAGAUCUUUCUCCGAGAACUCAUCAGUAACUCCUCCGAUGCGCUUGAUAAGAUCAGAUUCGAGAGCCUUACUGAUAAGACGAAGCUGGAUGCUCAGCCAGAGCUUUUUAUCAGGAUCGUUCCUGAUAAGGUGAACAAAACGCUCUCGAUUAUCGAUAGCGGCGUUGGAAUGACUAAAGCAGAUUUGGUGAAUAAUUUGGGGACGAUUGCGAGAUCGGGGACGAAGGAGUUUAUGGAGGCGUUGCAGGCAGGGGCUGAUGUGAGCAUGAUUGGGCAAUUCGGUGUGGGAUUUUACUCUGCUUAUCUGGUGGCGGAGAAGGUUAUUGUGACUACCAAACAUAAUGAUGACGAGCAGUAUGUUUGGGAGUCGCAGGCUGGGGGUUCGUUUACUGUUACGAGGGAUGUGGAUGGGGAGCGGAUCGGAAGAGGGACUAAGAUGACGCUCUUCCUCAAGGAGGAUCAGCUUGAGUAUUUGGAAGAAAGGAGGAUAAAGGAUCUUGUAAAGAAGCAUUCAGAGUUUAUAAGCUACCCGAUAUAUCUCUGGACUGAGAAGACUACUGAGAAAGAGAUCAGCGAUGAUGAAGAGGAGGAAGUCAAGAAAGAGGAGGAAGGUGAUGUGGAGGAGAUUGACGAGGACAAAGAGAAGAAAGAGCCCAAGAAAAAGAAAAUUAAGGAGGUAUCUCACGAGUGGGAUCUCAUUAACAAACAAAAGCCCAUCUGGUUGCGCAAACCUGAGGAGAUCUCCAAGGAUGAGUAUGCUUCUUUCUACAAGAGUUUGACAAAUGAUUGGGAAGAACAUCUUGCAGUCAAGCACUUCUCUGUGGAAGGUCAGCUUGAGUUCAAGGCUAUCCUCUUUGUUCCAAAGAGGGCUCCCUUCGACCUAUUUGAUACUCGGAAGAAGAUGAACAAUAUCAAGCUCUAUGUCCGCAGAGUGUUCAUUAUGGACAAUUGUGAAGAGCUAAUUCCUGAAUAUCUUGGUUUUGUAAAAGGUGUUGUUGACUCGGAUGACCUGCCUCUCAAUAUCUCUCGUGAGAUGUUGCAACAGAACAAGAUCCUCAAGGUCAUCAGAAAGAAUCUUGUAAAAAAGUGCAUUGAGAUGUUCAAUGAGAUUGCAGAGAACAAGGAGGACUACAACAAGUUCUAUGAAGCGUUCUCCAAGAACUUGAAGUUGGGUAUCCAUGAGGAUAGCCAGAACAGAAACAAGUUAGCUGAUUUGCUAAGAUAUCACUCCACUAAGAGUGGCGAAGAACUUACUAGCUUGAAGGACUAUGUCACAAGAAUGAAGGAGGGUCAAAAGGAUAUCUUCUACAUUACUGGUGAAAGCAAGAAGGCAGUUGAGAAUUCCCCAUUCCUGGAGAAGCUCAAAAAGAAAGGCUAUGAGGUUCUUUUUAUGGUGGAUGCUAUUGAUGAGUACGCAGUUGGACAGCUGAAGGAGUAUGAUGGGAAGAAACUUGUGUCUGCUACAAAAGAGGGCUUGAAACUUGAUGAUGAGACAGAAGAGGAAAAGAAGAAAAAGGAAGAGAAGAAGAAGUCCUUUGAGAAUCUCUGCAAAACUGUCAAGGAAAUCCUUGGAGACAAGGUGGAGAAAGUGGUUGUCUCGGACCGUAUUGUGGACUCUCCCUGCUGUCUUGUUACAGGAGAGUAUGGCUGGACCGCAAACAUGGAAAGAAUCAUGAAGGCUCAAGCUCUAAGGGACAGCAGCAUGUCCUCUUACAUGUCCAGCAAGAAGACCAUGGAGAUCAACCCUGACAAUGGAAUCAUGGAGGAGCUGAGGAAGAGAGCUGAAGCUGACAAGAAUGACAAAUCAGUGAAGGACCUAGUGAUGCUGCUGUUCGAGACCGCUCUGCUGACAUCUGGAUUCAGUCUUGAUGAUCCAAAUGUGUUUGCUGCAAGGAUCCACAGGAUGCUGAAGUUGGGGUUAAGCAUCGACGAAGAUGAGGCCGGAGAAGACACUGAUAUGCCUGCACUCGAGGAAGAUGCUGGUGAGGAAAGCAAGAUGGAGGAAGUUGAUUAAGCCGUCAGUCUGAUUCUGCAGGGGAAGAAAAUUGAUCUGAGUUGUGUCCUGUCAAUGUUCGUCUGGUCUGUUUUUAUUUGUCCUUAUGGUCAUUUUCUUUUUAGUUGUGUUUGUGUCAGUUUUGAAGUGUUGUCGGACAUGAAUUUCAGUUAUGAAGAACUUUACCGAUCAA